AUGUUACCCACGGUCUCGGCGAGACCUACCGUAUCGGCGCAGCCCAGCAACGUUCCGUCGCUAUCGCACCGACCAUCCGCGGCACCCAGCAUUCCGCCAACCAAGUUGUCCAGUACGGCGCCUUCGGAACCGCCUACCUUGCUCCCUUCCAAUCCGCCUUCGUUCUUUCCGACCGUAUCGCCGGCCCCGAGUCAAACACCGUCCAAUCCCCCGAGUCAAGCACCCACCACGUCCCCGCAACCCUCCGCAACGCCCUCCAUCUCGUUGCAACCGACCGUGUCGUCCAAACCAUCGACGGCACCGACAAUCUCGGUACCGCCCACCAAUGAACCCUCCACAACUCCCUCGGAUAUACCCUCGAACAUGCCGAGUUUAUCCCCUUCCGAUGCCCCCAGCACGUUUCCCACCAUUCCA